GUUGCUCUCCUCUGACUACCAGGAGUUCCAACUCAGCCCCAGAUCCCAAUCGGCUAGCCAUGAUUUUCAAUGUCGCUCACUCCCCCGCAGUCCCUACCUUCAGUUGCUCCGUUGGCCGGUGGAAGCCGCCAUCCAAACCUCCGACAUUGAAGGCAGCAUCGCUCCCGGCGGCGAGAGACAGAGUGAUAGAUUUCGGCAAGUACAAAGGCAAGAUGCUGGGCGCCCUCCCUUCCUCCUACCUCAAAUGGGUCUCCGGAAACCUCCGCUCCGGCGACACCCACCACUGGGCCCAUCUCGCCGAGCAGGUGCUGCAGGACCCUGUUUACCAGGACCGGCUCGAGUGGGAAUUCGCCAGCCGCGUCUUGGACGCCAACGACGGCAGCAGCGUUCCGUCGUCUGCCUCGGCCGGGACCGGCGCCGUCGCCCAGCUGCUGGAGAUCAGCCAGCGGUUCGGCUGGGAUAACGACGACAAGGUCGGGUGGAGCCGUGUGAAUUUCGAGCUGCUGGGUACGAGCAAGGGCGGCCGGAUCCCGAGAUUAGGGUUUGGGAAGGAAGAGGAGGGAAACAGGGAUGCUGGCGGCGGUGUUGUUGGUGGCCGCGGGGAUGGGGAGUUGGAGGGCGAGGAUAGGAGGAGGGAGAGACGGGAGAGAAUGAGGCGACGGAAAGCGGCGCCGGCGCCGAUAGAGGAGGACAGAUUGGGGGUUUUGGGGAAGACGGAGGGUAGAUCCGUCAACGACCGUCAGUUUGGUGGAAAGGGUGAGGAUCGAACGGCUGGGAUUAAAGGUCGAUUUCCUGGACGGGAAGGGCUGUUGAAGAAGGUGCUUGACGGGAAGAGAUACUUAUAAUUUGGGACCCUUUCGGGCAUCAAAUUGUGAUAUCCCCAAAUUUUGGGUACCAAUUUUACAUAAUAUACUGCCAUUCUCUUCUGUGUUUGGGGUUUGGUCAUCAAAAUAUUUACCUUUUUUUUUGUUGAGAUUUUGUGUCACACUAUGUAUUCAUGUGAAUUGUCAACUAAAUAAUAUUUUUCAAAGAUUACAUGUGUUGGGUCUAGUAUUAACUAGCCUAAUACGGCCCAAGCCCAACACAAAGCGUCUCACCUUGAGUCCAACCCCAUUUUAGGGUCCAGUACAUCGGGAGGCGUCCACCACCGGGAGGCGUUCAUUCACCGGAAAGGCGUCCAACGAUGGAAGGCGCCCAGUCUACCGGGGGCGUCCAUGACAACGGGAGGCGUCCAUAGGAUGCAUCCGGCUCCUAUAUAAGGAGGCCAGACCCUACAAGCAAGGAGACUUCUUCUCUCCCUUCCCUCAUUUUACAACUUAUGGUUCUCUCUCUAAACCUUAUCUCUCUCUACAUUUCUCUCUACACUCUAUCAUAUAUCAUAUUCUAACUUGACCGUCGGAGUGUAGAUCCCGGGAGCCACCCCCAACUCUCAACAGGAUUCUUCCACUCCCGAAGAGAUCAGACAAGGGAGUCCGAAUCAAGGUUCCACACUAAUCCCCGGUACUAAUCGGGGUCAAACAAUAUGAACAUUUAGAACUCCGUCUAUAAAAAUAAAAAUACAUGAAUUUGACGUGGUUUUCAAAUGAGAUGAGUGUCUUGAUAUCUUCACGCUAUGGAAGAAGAAAAGGCAUCAAUGAAAAAAUAAAAAAUUGAGUAAAUAUGAAUUCAAAAUAGGAGAUAUAAUCAGAGAUAAGUGGUUAAGGGACCCGAUACACCAAUUUUAUUUAAUUUUUGUUUUAGUCAAACUAAAUAGUAAAAUUGGUAUGUUAUGGAAAGUAUGAAUAUUUCAAGUUAAAAUAUAUUGACCGGACGGUAACGUGAUGGGUUGAUCGUUAGUCAAUUGUUUGAACGUUUAACAUAACAAUAAAUCAAGGAUUGAAAUACUGUAUCGUAGGUUGUACCGUAAAAGUCAAUGUUAUGUUUUUUAUGCUAAAACUAUGGUUUAACUAUGAUUUAAUUUCAACCGUAUGAUAUCGCUAAAUAUUGGCUACCGAUAUUGUUUCUGAUAAAAAAAAAUUGCAGUCGAAGCGCCGUUACACUAUCUUUUUUUAAUCCUUGCAAUAAACUCUUGGGCUAAUC